AGUACAGAUAAUAGUACGCUCCGAUGAUUGUAGGUCGCUUCAUUUGAAUACUAGUUAGUGUGGAAGUAUGCAGGUUUGACUAUUCCGGUGCUUUCUGAAUCAGUAUUUCUGGACUUUACAGUGAUAAAAAUGGAGCAGCCUCUCUCUCCACGUGAGUCAGGCCAGUUUGUGGCAGAGCGGAGCCAGGAUGUUUUCAUAAAUGAAGAUGGUGUUGAAAACGUGGCAGAGAUGCUCUAUGCUCUGAAAGAAAGUGAAGCCUUUACAGCCAGAGGCUGGAAGAAAAUGAACCCACUUGCUCCCUCUCCAGAUACAGAUGAGGCCAUAAACUGGGUAUUUGUAACUGACACCAUGAACUUUUCCUUCUGGCCUGACAAAGAGGACCAGCAGUGUGAAGUUAUAUAUAAAGGAAACACAUAUAAAGGAUACAUGUCUCUGUGUGCAGCUGUUACCAGAGCUAUGGGAGAGGGUGUGCCUAUCACAGACCCUUCCUACUUCUCUCAGAUGAGUGAGGCUGAUCUGGCGCAUGUACUACGGUCAGAUAGCGACACACCAAUGCCCAUGCUGAAAGAUCGACACCGGGUCCUUACUGAGGCUGGCCGGGUGCUCAUGCAGCAUAGCGGAUCCUUUCGUGACUUCAUAAGCCGAGGACAAAACGAUGCUGAGAAAAUGGUGCACUACAUUGUGGAUAAUAUCCCGUCCUACAGAGAUGAAGCCACCUAUGAGGGCAAGGGCAUUUCCUUCUAUAAGAGGGCUCAGAUUUUGGUGGCAGAUUUUUGGGGCAUCAUGGAAGCCAGAGGCGAAGGAAACAUACCCAACUUGGACUAUCUUACCAUGUUUGCUGACUACAGGGUGCCACAGGCCCUUGUUCACUUGAAAGCACUCCGCUACUCUAAUGCACUUAUGGAGGCACUAAAAAACGGUGAGUUAAUUCAUUCAGGUGACAGAAGAGAAGUGGAAAUUCGAGGCUGCUCUAUCUGGUGUGUGGAAAAGAUCAGGAAUCGGCUAUGGGAGCUUGUAAAGGAGAGAGACGGGCAAACCUGUGACAUAAACUCGGCUCUUAUCGACUUCUACCUGUGGCCAUACGCUAAACAACAUCAGGGAGAGAUGGCUCACAUUCCUAUUCAUCAUACACGCUGUAUCUACUACUGAAAAGCACUCCUUCAUACAAUUGUACCAGAUUGUAAAACCACAAAUACAAAUAUAAAACCACCAGAAACUGAUUAGGGACAUGGGGCUCCUAUCUCUAAAGAACAUCCACAACAAAUCAUGAACUUGCUGCUUUAAUUUGCCCCCACAGAUGUGACUAAACAAGUGAAAGUAUGAGUGGAUUGGCUUUCUCUCUUCAGGGUUUUAUUGAUUGCGUCAAACCAAACAUGACUACAAUCAGAAUGAAGUGGUUGCUGAAGACGAAUAAAAGCUAUUCUGACUGAUUGGCUGAUUGAUAUGAUAAUCAAUAUGAACAUAAUAGAGGUGAUCAGAUCAGACCCCCAUCAGCAGGGCACAAGUAACUAAGGUUUCAGCCCAGUUAAACACAGAUUGUGUACCAACAUGCUAUACGACGCUCUCCAGCACCAUGAUAAAUAUACAAAUAAAGGGAAGAUCUUUUUAGAAAAUGGUGUUUCACUGGCUUCUAGUAAACUUUCAGAGGUAACAGGAUCAUAAUACUCCAAUAACCUGAAGAACCUAAAUUACUCACCUGUAGCUAAUGAUAUUUGAUGCACCCAUCUUAAUUUACUUCUUUGUUAUGGUCUUUGUUGUAAAAGUCACAUUUAACAUACCAAAAUAAAUGCUUUUUAACUAAA